AUGAGCUCUGCAGAAGCACUUGAUAUUUCAGACUGCAAAACUGCUUUGAAUUUGUUUACCCAAGAAGAAAUUUCUCUAAUUAAAUUGCUAGACUGCUGCAAAACUCCAAAAGGCUCCAAACUCCUCCAUCAGUGGGUUGAAAACCCUUUAAUCGAUAUACCCUUAAUAUCUCAAAGGCUCGAUAAAGUCGAAUUUUUCUAUAAUUCCCAAGCCCUCCUUACUGACUUACAAAUAGCCUUAAAAAAAGUCCCAGAUCUCGAUUCCCUUAUCAGCAAAUUUAAUAAAUUCUGCCAAGGCAAAAAGGGCGCCAAUCUUGAAGAUUGCGUCCGAUUUUAUCAUUUCGCCCAAGACUUCAUGGCAAUUGCGAACCUUAUCCUGCAGCAUUCUUUAUAUUAUAAAGAAAAUUUUGCAGCUGGAAAAGAACAAUUUUCUAACCUAAUAGAGCUUGUAGAAAAAGGGAUUGACUUAGAGCACAGCAGCAUGGACCAAGACUAUAGGGUCAACCCUAAUUUCAGCCCAGAGCUUAAAGAAAUUCAUGAAGAAAUUAAAGCAGUAGAAAAAGACAUAGAAAACUGCAGAAUUAAAGCCACAAAAGACCUUGGAUUAAGCAAAGAACUUAAGCUUGUCCCAUCUCAGACGUCAAUGUGGCUUCUUGAAGGGAAUAAAAAAGAAAUUCAUAUAUCAUUAACUUCCCUUAUUAAUUUAAUAAAAAAAAAUUAUUUAAAAUAAUUAUUUUAAAAAAAAAAAUAUAUUAGUUAGGAUAAGAGAAAAUCCUGAUGAUAGAUAUAUAAUUGUUUCUCAUAAGCAGAAUACAGUUACACUUACAUGCAUUGACCUGAAAAAAUGCUGCCAAAGAAAAGAAAGCUUAAGUGAAGAAUUUCAAAUAAAGCAGGUGCAGCUGGUAGAUAAAAUUAUUGAAUUUGUGUCAAGCUAUUUACCAGUUUUAGUUGAUAUGGCUGAUGUUAUUAGUGAGCUUGAUGCAAUAUUGUCCUUCGCAUAUGUAGCUUUAAAAGCACCAGAACAAUAUACAAGGCCAAUUUUGAAUGAUUCUGGGUAUUUAUCUCAAUUUUUCUAAAUUUGUAUAUGAUGCAAUUAUAAUUAAAAAAAAAUAAAAAUCAUUAAAAAUGGUAUAUCAUCAUUAAAAGAUUCCAGACACCCAAGCUUGGAAAGGAUGACAACCUGUAUUCCUAACGACGCUGAUUUUGAAAUUUCUAAUCAAAGUAUCGCCAUCAUCACAGGACCAAAUAUGGGCGGCAAAACGACAUAUCUAAAACAAAUCGGCUUAUGCUGCAUAAUGGCCCAUUGUGGCUGCUUUGUCCCAUGCUCCUCAGCCCAUAUUCCUAUUUUUGAUAGAAUUAUUACACGAAUAGGAGCUGAAGACAACUGCCUUAUGGGGAUUUCUACCUUUAUGGCAGAAAUGAAAGAUAUGGCCAAACUAUUUGAAACUGUUACAAAGAAAUCACUAGUCCUUAUAGAUGAGUUAGGGAGAGGAACGUCUACGAAUGAAGGAUUAGGCUUGGCUUGGGGCUUCGUACAAGAAUUGGCCGAAAUUGGCUGCAUUACCCUAUUCGCGACACAUUUUUCAGAGUUAUCAAGCUUGCAACAUCCUAAAAUAAAAAAUUUGCAUACUGAUAUAAAGAUUUCUCAAGGAAAUAUUCUGAUGCUUUAUAAAAUUAUUCCUGCACCGAUGUCAUGGUCCUUUGGGUUAGAAUGUGCGAAAUUAGCGGGGAUGAAUGAAGAAAUAAUCAAGUUGGCUGAGGACUAUAAGCAGUAUAUGGAGCCGCCGACUGAAGAAGUAAGGGAGCUUUUUGAAAAAUAUGAAAGAGUUGGGUACUUGAGCUUGGAUUUUGUAAGGGAAGCUUAUGAAUUUGUUUAA